ACGAGGACAGGCACCUGUUCUCAGGCUAUGGCUGUGGCACAGACGCUAUUUCUCCCGAAACGUUUUCAUCCGAGACCUGGAAAGGAAGCUUUGUCUCUGGCCAAGAGAAAAGCUCUUUAGGGAAGAAAAAGCCCGAAAUGGGUCUGCUGAACUCUAAAAGCCCCAAAGGCAAGCAAGCCCACAUCCUUCUGCUGGGGCUGGACUCCGCCGGGAAAUCGACUCUGCUCUACAGGCUAAAGCUGGCAGAGACCGUCAGCACCAUCCCGACCAUCGGCUUCAACGUGGAAAUGGUCCAGCUGCAGGGCGGGCUGGCGCUCACGGUGUGGGACGUGGGCGGGCAGGAGAAGAUGCGAGCCGUCUGGGACUGCUACUGCGAGGACGCCCACGGGCUCGCCUACGUGGUGGACUGCUCGGACGGCGCGCGGCGGCUGGAGGACUCCCGCCGAGAGUUCAAGCACAUCCUACAGAACGAGCACAUCCGGAACGCGCCGGUCCUGGUUUUAGCGAACAAACAGGAUUUGCCCGGAGCCCUGAGCGCUGAGGACAUCACCAGGAUGUUUAAGGUGAAGAAGCUGUGCAGCGACCGGAACUGGUACGUGCAGCCCUGCUGCGCCGUCACCGGGGAGGGGCUGGACGACGGCUUCAGGAGACUGACAGAGUUCGUGAAAAGCCACCUCAAGGCCAGGGAGACCUUGGCGUUCUUCAAGCAGAAGUGACGCCGCGGGGCCGCCCCAGCCUCGAGAGACAGUGAGGAGGUGGGACUCCGCCUUAUUUCCCAUGUAAAGCGAGGAAAGGAAGUUACCGCGGCGGCGGCCUUUUCCGGAGAGUUUCACCCUGUCCAGCUAAGGAAGGAACUUUAGAGCAAACUAUGGGGUAAUGACGGAAGAAUGUGCAUUUUUUGAAACGGUUAACGCGUUGGAUGACUUGAAAGUCAAAUUUAGAACUGUUUACUAAUUUUAUAUGACCACCAGAGUAAAGUUUAAAUAGCUGUUUGCUUACACGGUCAGGUUUUUUUUUUUUUUUUUUUUUUUCCCUCAAAUAGUUUCCAGCUGUUACAGGUAUUAAAUUUCUACCCUUUUCCUGGGAGAGAAAACAACAACAAGAAAUUUAAAUUGUAAAGAGGGAAAAGGUUGAUGUUAACCUUUUGAAAAUUCCUUGUUUUCUAAAAAGAACCCAUCCCCCAAUCCUGCCAGCUUUUUUUUUUAAAUCUUUUGCUGCUAACUUCCAUGA